AUGGAUUUCGACCGCAGAGAAACAUCUGAGGAAUUGUCGCGAGCAUUGCAAGCAUUGAACUCACCAAGAUCUCCAGAACGGUCGUUUGUGGCCCACCAGAACAGAGAGGCCUUUCCUGAGCAAGGAUUAUCGAGAACCUUCAAGGAGCUUAUUGUGACCUGCAAGGAUUCGCGGACAAUAUCAUUAAAGACGUUGAGGAACUCACCGGGCCUCCUGAUCCUGAGAGUGUGGCAUACCUACGGGAUUUGGGUUGGUGCGUGUGUGUACUUCAUCAUUUCCGCAAACCUGAUGCUGGCGUGGUAUAUUGAUUGGUACAGAACCAGCCUGACCUGUAGUGGCAAUGAGCGGUGCAUCCAGUCGCAAUUGCUUGACUUUCCUUUGGCGCCUUUCUUCGCGAUUUUUUGCCGCAGCUGGCUCAUGGUGUGCAUCAUGGGAGACUUGCUGAGAUUCUGCUUUAUUCUAGCGAGAGAUGUUUGGGAAGAUGACGCGUUUGUGAGUUAUCGUCGUGUGUGCUGCUGCGACUUUGAGCUUGAUGAGGAGACGAGCUUGAGGGCUGCUGGCGGAGGGUGGUCCAAAAGAUCUAAGGCUGGAUGCUGUGGAAUUGUGGAUGUGCUUCUGCAGCUGUCGAUUUAUGUGGCCUUGGACAUUAUGCCUUUGGUCCGUUUCAUGAUAGUCUACUUUAGCACAGGACCAGGACAACUUGGGCAGGCAGUGGUGGCAGCCUCUGUAAGCCUGGCAGCUGGUAGUUGCGCCCACGCAUUCGUGUUCUACCUGGCCAUGUGGACAACUGACAUCGUCACAAAGUGCCAGGCAUUCAGCGCUGCUUGUCGGGGUGUUGCGCGACUACAGCCAUGCGAGUAUCCAGGAUCGUCCCUUCAGAACUUCCAAUGGGCGGGCGGCUUCGGAGACAGGAUGUUGGACAACCUUGAAUCUGCACGCUGCAUCUCAGUGGUCGAGGACAUCCCGGAUGGACCACCUGACUUUGUUUCACCUUUGAGCAGUGAAGCGGGCUCCGCGGUUUGUCAGAGCCAAGCUGCGCCUUUGGAUGGAACCCUGACUGAUCCGUCCAUAGCCAGGUUUCCUAACAUCAGGAUGCCAUUGCAAAUGGAGGCGAGCAGCUCUUCUACAGCUUUGCCAGUUUUUCGUCCCAAGCCAGAUUUGACGAUCCAGUAUAGCCCAAGCUGGGGUAGCUAUCUGGUGACCUGCGUUGAUGGGGAACUGUCAAAGGACUAUUUGGUCAAAGACAGGUUUGACAAAGACAUCCCUUUGUUGAAAGACCGCAGCUUUGUUCCGCAGAAAGAUCAAUUUCCUUUGGAGAUUUGGCGGCAGGUGAAGAGGGAAGAACAAGAGUCACCCGCUGACAAGCGGAAUAUCUGCGUGUUCUUCUGCAAGGGCUGGUACCCAGCAAAGGCAUAUGGUCAAAAGUGCCUGCCCCACUUGUUGUGCAUUGGAGCAAUAGCCCUUGGAUUUCAAGUCAGAAACUGGGGCCUUGUGCUGGCUGGAGCUGUUGUCGCUGUUUUUCUUGUUUUUGUAUGGUUUCUACAAGACUGUUGCUGUGCCCGCGAACAGCCGUAUUUUGCUACUGCAGCUGGGUCCUGGGAGCUCUGGGCUCUCCAAGCUUGGGGUGAGCACCAUUGUGGUCUUCGCUACGACGUGCAAAGGUCACGGCGCAUCACUUUCGGCGUGGUGGUGCUUCUCCAGGGAAUGUUGUUCGCCACGUUGUACCAAUGGAUGGGCAUGCUCGUAUGCUUCAGUGUUGUACUAUUGGUAUGUCUCAGGCACUGUAUGGUGUACCGGGAACGACCAUGGGGCUGGCUAGUAGGCAUGAUGAUUGGUCUGGGCCAUGCAUUACUCGCCGUAGUCCUCAACUUCAUUUGGUUGGAUGCACGCUGGGGAGUCACAACUUUGGUUUUAGCACUCUUUCAUCAGCUGGGCCUCAGCAGGCACAAUCCACGAGGCUUCAAUGUAGCACGCUUCACGGCCUUGCUUCUGAAUGGAGUUCUAGUCGUAGUUGUCGGAGUCGUUGUACUGACCCUCGCCACACUUGGUGUGAACAGCGACUACUCUGCUUUCUGCAUUGAAGGCACUCCUGGAUGCAAGUACUACGAGGUUCCUAUGUUCAUUACCAACAGCUCCUCGCCAGUGGAAUGUGGUCAAAACUACCCAUAUGGAAGCCGCGGGCAAAAAAGGUUGCGCCUCAGCGAUUUUGCGCUCUUCUCAUCCCUGGCUUACGAGUCUGAGGAGGGAUUGGUGCGUGGGCUGAAGCGCUACCAUCCUGGCUGGAGACUUACAUUUUCUCGCCGUGCAGGCAUUGGAGAUCCUGAAGCAAGCUUGGACUGGACCACAUACUUUGAGUUUGAGGAUGCAGAGAACUCCACCUCCAUCAUUGCGGUCCGUGGGACGAGCACCAUGCUGGAUGUGUUGGAUGACAUGAACAUUUGGCUGCCUGCUGCCAUCAUGAAAGUCUUCAGUAUCGUUGGACCAAAGCUGACUGAUGCAGUUGCAGAGGCAAUUGCACGGGUCUCUACACUGCUCUAUUCUGAUGGCCUCCAGAAGCAGUACUUUCAGCAGCUGCUAAAUUACGUGCAAAAGCGCCAGGCCCAGUUUCCCAACAGGCGCCUGUACAUCACAGGCCACUCUUUGGGGGGGGGCUUGGCGAAGCUAGUGGCUGCGAACGUGAGCAUACCAGCGGUGACCUUUAUGGCCCCGGGCUUGGAAAGCACCAGCUAUUUGGUGUAUCGGCAGAACAAGAUCCAGGAGCUGCACAAUGUUGCACUGACACUAAUGCCAGACAACGAUGUGGUCUCAAGGGUCGACACGCAGAGUGGCGCCUCGGUGAAGACAAAGUGCGAAGGAAACAUGCUUCACUGCAGGAUUCCCAGCAGCGAAUUGGCUUCAACAAUUGUGAACACUGUCAUUUGCUCUCUCCCACCAUUUGCAACAUACUGCAAGAGUGUGGGUCUGGUCGUGCUCCAGAAGAAGAGGGAACACUAUACCUUCCGUGCGGGAUGUGCGGUGCUCGUGUCCAGAUAUGCCUUGUGGCUGAGUCAACUCCUGAGCUUUGCUGGAGCCUUUGCUGCCUCAUGGCCCGGGCAUUUGCGUUUUGGGCAGCCCGUUCCUCAGGGAUUGGCAGUUUGCAACACAUUGUGGCGAGACACUGUGGACAGUGCCGCGAGGCAAGCCACGAAGCGCCGAUGCCCUCUAGCUACGCCUCUUUUGACCAGGCCGUACCUGGCGCAUUGGGCUUUGAUAUCGAUUUUGGAGAAAUCCUCUGAGGCUUUGGAAGUUGUCAAUCAAGCACUGAAUACAGAUGACGAUGCGGACAGUUGCGCCUUGCCUCGGCUUUCAUGUGCCCUUGCAAGACAAGCUGUGAAUGACCUUACAGACAGGUGUCCUGUUUGUCAGACUUGCCCCACGGCCCGGGUGCUGGGUGCUGACGGCCCACUUCAGCUACUGCCUUUACAGCGGCGAUUGCUUCGACGGUUGGCCUUUGAUGCAGGUGCCACCCGCGGUGGCGUCCACCUGGCCCAGCAGGCAGUAUCGAAGGCAUUAGCCCAGCGCAGUCCUGCCCUCCGAGAGGUGCUUUUAGAUGUGGCGGAACUCCUUAACUUGCGAGCCUAUGCGCGCACCUAUGUCAGUUCGCGGCCACGCGUGUUGUCGGAACUUGAGGAGGCACUUUGUCAUGCAGCUCACGCCAUGGAGUGUCCCGAGGAGUUGUCCGAACCUGAAGGUGCACUGACUCCCUUGCGAGGUAUCGUUCGAGCUCGUCUCUUACUCGGUAGGACUUUGAGCUCUGCAGCCCAUAGCUUGGCCCUAUCAUAUAUGCAAGGUGCUGCCCGUGACCGGCUUUUGUCUCGCUGGGGCAGCCCGCAGAAGAUGUUUGAACUUGCAGAAGAGCAGCUGCGAUGCGCGAUCGCAGAGGCAUCUGCUUUGCAAGAUAUCAAGACAGAUCCAAGUUGGUUGCAGGGUGUGACACCAUUUCUGUAG